UAUUGCUGCGGAUAGAUGUAGUAUGAUAUGCGCUUGAUGUCUUAUGCCAUCUCGAAGUUACCAAUUUAAUGGCAUUGAGUAGGAUUUGAGAUUCUCAAUGCAUCAGGGCGAUGAUGGAGGCGGAAAGUGCCUCUGAAGCAUCGAUAAUCAUUUACCAGACUACACGGCGCUACAACUCAUUUCAUAGCAUAGAAUCAUCAAUCUGUGUUCCUUCGUCCCAUAGUUCAACAGAUAUCAGCAGUAUGAAGUAAUUUCGUGUGUGUAGGAUUACGACGUUGUCUACACUGAAGUGCCACUUGAAUAGACUCAAAUAUCGUAAAUAGUCAUUUGUUUUAUGAUUUCCUUGUUUUAUAUAAACGUGUACGACAUAUGUUCUUUUAUAUAUGUGUAUUUAUCUCUAGUUUUCCCGCUAUUAAUGCUACUUCCUAUAUUUAUAUUGUACUGUUUUUGACUAUUGCCACGUCUAGGAGAAUGGAAACUUCCGGCUGAGGUAUUUAAUCGUAUGGAACUGUUUAUAUUGUUUGUACGAAAUUUAUUAGCAGCGGUUUUUCAGUUCCACCUUGCCAUGCUCAGUCGAUUUAGGAAUGCUAUCUUUAAUGUCGUCGGAGGGCUUGAGCCGUUACCAGUGUUAAAGGAUUCUGAUAGCUCUGAUGACAGGACUUUCGCCCCAAAAUUUCCGUAUAGCAGACCACACUUCCUACAAUUCCAUACAGAUGAAGAGAUUCUAGUUUCGGCAGACCAUCACAUUCGCCCGAUUAUUGUACCGAGAGACAUUUCCAAGCUGCCAUGGAACAGCGGUUAUGCUGAAGCAGUAAAUGCUGGAAAGUCUGUCUGGAAUGAAGAUCAAGCCUGCUUAAGACGGGUUAUGCUGGAGCGUCCUGAAUCAAGAGACAGGAGCAUGAGAGGUGUCAGACGAAACUUUGAGACACUCCUGUCAACCUCAGAGCAAUUGAAUUCUGCAACAUGCCUGCCUUAUGUUUAUUUUUCUCUCUUUGAUGGCCAUGCAGGCGUAGGAGCUGCAGUAGCCGCUGCCAAUCAGCUUCAUCAUAUUCUGCAUGAGAAAUUGGUGGAUGUGAUUGAUCAUUUGCUGCCACCUUUAGAAGGUUACAUACAGCUAGAGGCAUCAGCAAAGAGUGGAGCUGCAUACUUCAUUCCCGAGAAAGAAGUGACUAAUGAGGCACUUAUCAUUGGAGCUUUAGAAUCAGCAUUUUGGGAUAUGGACCAGUUAAUUGGAGAAGACAAACAGAAGUACAAAGUCAAAGGUGGCUGCACAGCAUUAGUUGCAUUGUUCAUCCUUGGAAAACUGUUCAUUGCUAAUGCUGGCGACUCACGAGCAGUACUGUGCAAAAACAGACAUGCCAUUCCAUUGUCAAAUGAUUUUACGCCAGAAACCGAAAGGCAGAGAGUUCGACAGCUGGCUUCACUGCAGCCAGAACUCCUAGGUGGGGAAUUCACCCACCUAGAUUACAACAGAAGGCCAAACCAAAGAGAUUUGGGAAAGAGGAUUUUGUAUCGAGAUGCCCACAUGACAGGUUGGGCUUACAAGACUGUGACACCUGAAGAUCUAAAAAUUCCUGUUGUGUAUGGUGAAGGAAAGAGGAGUAGAGUCCUUGCCACGAUAGGAGUAACCCGGGGAUUUGGUGACCAUGACUUGAAAGCUCUGAAUGCAAAUAUAAGAAUAUGUGCUGAAGUAAUUUAUGUAUUUCAGGUCCAAAUUUUGGAUAUUCAGGAGGAGCGAAUAAAGGAUUCUGAUGUUCUUAUUAUGGGCACUGAUGGACUGUGGGAUGUGACCAGCAAUGAUAAAGCUGUGGAAAUUGUGCAGAGAAGUUUGGAUCAUUUCCCAGCUAAUGAUAAAUCUCGUUUGAAGUAUAGGUAUACAUCUGCUGCUCAAGAUCUUGUCAUGCAUUCACGUGGUAAGUUGUAUGAAAAGAACUGGAAAACUGCUGAUAGUAAACCUGCUACCAUUGAUGACAUUUCUGUGUUUGUUAUUCCAUUGGCACCAUAUAAGGAAGAAUACAUGGAGUGGAAACAAGAAUAUGAAGCUAUUCGUGGUAUUUACGAAACUUCAUGUGAAAGUAGUGAAGGAUUUGGAAAGCUGUCACUGAAGACAUCUCCAGUGGCAACAGAAAAAGCUGUAAAUAGGGGCUUAGCUACAGAGAAUAUUGUCAACAGAGGUUCAUUACACAACAGUUCAGGUGACUCAGCCUCUGUCAUUCCAUCAUACAACAGUGACAUUGCCAUAAAUAACGAUGAGAAAAUAUGUGCCCUUUCAACUGGUGAGGAGAGUAGUUUAUCAUUUAUAGAGAUUGUUACAUCAGGAGAUAAUUCAUCUUCACAUUACAAUCAUGAUGUUGAAAUAAGAGUCAUUCCUUCUUCAUCAGAAGACUGUACCACCAGCAGAGAUGAGAAGGAAGACUGUAUGCCAGUCAAUACCCUAGCAUUAGUCACGGAUGCAAUACCUCAGCCAAAAUAUCCCUCACAGGAGCCCAAUAUGUUAACACAAAAGUAAAAAGGAAACUUCUAUGAACUUGUUUCAAGGCUUACAGUAUCUUGGUAUUGUGUGUGAAUAUGCUUUGGAUGAUAAUGGUAGAUGGAAAGGUUACCCUCAGUUUUCACAAUUUUAUGUAGUGUUCUCCAAGUCAUAAGUGAAAUGCAUUUGUUCUCUGCACAUUUGGAUUGAAUUUCUUGCAUUUAUGUGAAUUAAGUUUUAUAUCUCAGAAGUAUGAAAGCAUAUAAUGAAUCUAAGUUUUGAUUGUAUUGUAUAAUAGAAUGAAGCCCCAUGUUUGUGCUACAGAUGAAAAUAUUCUUUAUUUCAGUCUAUUUUACAUUAAUCUGCUAUUGAACAACCAUACAUCUACCUUACCUUUACAUUGAUUCUAGAAAAUUAUCAGAUCUGUAGUUUUUUAACUGCUUCCUUAAAACCAAAUUAUAUGUUAUGGGUUCUACUAAGUUUCAAAUCUGAGUAAGUUCUGUUUAUGUAAUAUUGGGAAACAUUUCUGUAAAUGAUAUAAAGAUGUAAAAGUAUGAUAAAUAAGAUUGUAACAUUUAGAAGGUUCCCGAAGAUUUACCCAUUUAAAAUAUAUUAAUUGAUCCCAUCGUCCUCCACGUCACUAUCCAUCGUUUCCGUGGACAUGUGCACAUAUGCGUGCGUAAUAUACAUUCAUUCCAGAAUAAUGAUAUGCCAUUUGUUGCAUUUAUAUUGAUCUGAUUUUAAGAGUAAUGUUGUAUGUGUAAUCAUAGUUAUAUUUUGAUUUUAUUGAUACCAGUUUGCUGUGCAUGUGAGUAUUGCAUUCAGGUCCUGAAUUAUUCAAUUUUUUUUAUUUCAAUGUCCAUAAUGCUUUUGCUUUAAUUUAUGACUGAAAAAAUACUGUAGCAGUUUUCUUAAAAUUUUUGAUUGGUUUAGUUUUACUAGUAAUACAUGCUGCAGUAGUAGCUGUACCAAACUUCAUAAAAAAAAUUUAAAAUCUUAUAGAUUUCUAACAUUAACUAUAAAGUGCAUUGAACGUGUUGCUCUUUUGGCAUAAUAAAUUGCAUACUCGGUAUCUGAUUCAUGGUCUAGACAAGAGGCAGCAACAUUCUCAUUACUAUGGGCAAUCUUUGUCAGAGGUACAAACAAAUUAUGUCAUCGACAGUGAGUGAAACUAUAUUUAUUUAACUUAAAAGUCUAGUUAGUAUUCACUUGAAAACAUGCAAUAGCUGUAAGUCUAUUAGUAAUACCACGGUAAUUUCUGUAUUCUGUUAAAUACCAUAUGGUUCGAAUAACAGAACAGGGCAACUUUGUGCAAUAAUGUGAUUAUAACAUAACCUUAUAUGUACAAAAUUGUUAUUUAUAUUAUGAUUUUUUUCUAUUGUUUGCUGUCAUGUAAUGUCCAGAAGCAUUACAGGUUUGAUAAAUACUGGGGCAUGGGUUUUUAGAGAGUAAUUGCUUGUCAAGUGCUUCACAUGUGUAUGGACCUCAUGGUGAUUGUAGAUGAAGCAGGAGUGACUGGUUAUCAACCAUUGUCUGGAGAGACCAGAAGAACAACAUUAUGAUGUACAGGAGAACAUAUAUGUAUUCAGGUAACCAGGACUAUGAUUUGAGAAGCUUCAGACAUUAAUUCAGGAAAUGAUUAAUUGUAAUAGUGUGGAAUAAAUCCAUCUUGUAUGUUUAAGCAAAGAACCCACUGUGUAAUCACUGAUAAUGUUGCAAUAUAUUUACACCAGUGUUCCUCAGUGGCAGAAUGCUUUUGCCACACUCACAAUAGCUAAUUCCAAAAUUGUGUGACAGGCUGCACAAAAAUGUUGAGAGGGUUGCAUGCGACCUGUAGGUUGCUGACCCCCUGGUCUUGACUUCACAAGCAGUGAUUCAAAAGCAGCAUUUCAAGUUCUCAGGGUUUAGUAAUUGUCAUAUAAAUAGGAAAUUAUGAACAUAAUAUAGAAUGGUUUUGUUAUUUCACAUACUUAUGGCAAAAGACCCUAAAACUAAUUAUGGACUAUCAAUAAUACUAAUAACUGUAAUCCUUUCACUGACAGUGAGGUUUGUUGGCUUUCAUAGAAGCCCUCAUUUUAUUUAAAGUAGUAUGCCGGACUAGAAUAUUUUAUUACUCUGCUUGGUACAAGUCUUACUAUAGCAGUUAAGUAGUAAUGGCUGUGAACUGUUCUGUGCUGUGAUCCAAAAUUGUAUUUUGAAAGCUCACUUCCAGAACUUUCGUUACUGUUCUUUACACACAUUACAUUAUUUUGUUUUGCUGUUAGGGAAGUUAAGAUAUUGUAAAAUAUACUGUGAUUUCACAUUUUUUUGUCCCCCCCCCCCCCAUAAUGCUUUUGAGUAAUGAAAUUUCAUAAUCCAUUCCACUGGGUAUAAUUUAUAGAAUUGUGUUUGACAUUUUAGAUAUUAUUAUUAUUAUUACUGUUAUUAUCACCACCAUCAUAAUCAUAUGUAUUAAUUUGACCUAAUAUUAUACUAUAAGUAAAUUUCUUGUUAUUUGUUUUGGUUAAUUAUAUAUAAGGGAAAAUUUAUCUUUGUAAAUAAGUUUGGUACGUUGAAUAGUUUGUCCUGCCUUGACAGACCAGUAAUUUAUGUUUGUGAGAUUGUUAAGUAUGUAUGUGUGUAUGCAGCCAUGUGAUUUAUAUGUGAAUAUGUACAUAAUUCACUUUCAUUAAUGUAAAUUUUAAGAGAAGUUGAGUUAAUGGCAAAAUUGAAAAUAAUUUUCUGUUGCACUAAAAAAAUGUUUUGUAAAAUUUCAGGUUCUCACAGUGAUGAGUAUGAAGAUAGUAGUCUUCUGGGAUGUUGUACAAUGUAGUCUGAUUGAUAUUAACUGAUAUUUCAGCCUUCAUCAUCAUCUGCUCUGAAACAAUGGUUAAAAUCUACCAGACUACACAGUGCAACAUUCCAGAAGACAGCCAACUUUAAGAAAAUGUUAUAUCAUGUAUCUGAAAUACAAAGUGUUGAGAGUUCUUUUGUACUGAUAAAAUGCCAUCCCACAUUUAUGGCUCUAUUUUCCUUGCAAUUUACAUAUAAUGAAAAAAAAAAAUAAGGAGAAACAAUUUUUAUUUUAUGAAGCAAAUUCUCUUCAGUUCUUCCACCUUUAAUGGAUCUGUAUUAUUUGAAAUUCUUAUGGAAUAUUACAAAUUAUGUGAAAUACAAAUAUACUUUACUUCAUAUUUAAUGUCUAAAGAGUUUGUUGUUUACAACACAUUCCUUAAGUAGCACUGUUGUGAAUAAUAUUAUGUUCAGCUAAUAGAAAACAGUAUUUCCUGUUGUGAAUAUUUUGUAUAUUUUCAUGCACUUGUCGCUAUAAGUGCAGACUGUCAUAUUUAGGCAGUGCAUUGUAUUAGCACAAUGAAUUAAAUACAUCAGCAUAAUACAAGUCAAGGAUAUAGAAUAUGUCAUAGUAUUAAUAUGAACACUUGGUACAAUAAAUAACCAAACAAUGUUAUGACUGUAUACUUAUUACAGCUAUUUGCAUAAAUAUUUACAGUAUUUAAUAAUUUUUGAUUCAAGUAAAUUCUUCUAAGGAGUAGAAGUAGUGAGGUAAAAGAUAAUCUUUCAUUAUUGGCUUAAAUACUCUUAUAUCAUGAUUUAAGCCUGUAAUGCUAUCUGGAAGAGUAAUGAAUAAUUUGAUCCCUGCAUAGUAAGCACCUUUCUGAUAACUACUGAGGUUAAUAUUCAGCUGAUGGAGAUCAUUCUUGUGCCUUUUCUCCUUAUAUAGUUGUUGUUUGCAUGUACUUUUGGCUGAGACUGACGGCAAUAAAGAAGGAAUUGAGAAAGUUACUCUCCUUCUUAAUGUUUGUGAGUAACUGGCAGCUUGUAUUAGUCUUCAUCAAUAAUAAUGUACUUCUCAGUGUUUAA